GCGGAGGACGGAGCCUGCGGUUGCAGCGCCCGCAGCCUCCGGGUUUCGGAGCCCUCCCUCUCUGUCUCCCCUCUCACUGCUUCAUAGAGAGGCUAAUAGACCCCUGGUCGCCUCCACACCCCUUAUUCUCUGGUUCUGUCUUUCAGGAUCCUCGGCAGAGGGCGCCACCGAGGCUGCGCGGAUGCCGGCAGACGCCGCGAGGGACGCGGGGCGCGGGUGUCCCCCCGGGACGACGCUCAGCUGGGACAUCAACGACCCGCAGAUGCCCCGGGAGCCAGCCCACUUCGACCACUUCCGGGAGUGGCCCGACGGCUACGUGCGCUUCAUCUACAGCAGCGCGGAGAAGAAGGCGCAGCGCCACCUGAGCGGCUGGGCCAUGCGCAACACCAACAACCACAACGGCCACAUCCUGAAGAAGUCGUGCCUGGGCGUGGUGGUGUGCGCCCGGGCCUGCGCCCUGCCCGAUGGCUCGCGCCUGCAGCUGCGCCCGGCCAUCUGCGACAAGGCGCGGCUCAAGCAGCAGAAGAAGAUUUGUCCCAACUGUCAGUCUGCUUUGGAGUUGAUUCCUUGCCGAGGGCACAGCGGAUAUCCGGUCACCAAUUUCUGGCGCCUUGAUGGCAGCGCGAUAUUUUUUCAGGCCAAGGGGGUUCACGAUCACCCAAGACCAGAGAGUAAGUCAGAGACAGAAGCUAGAAGAAGCGCCCUCAAGAGACAGAUGGCCUCGUUUUACCAGGCCCAGAAAAGGAGAGCUCGGGAACCCGAGGUGGGAGAGAAUCAAGAGAGCAGCGGACAGUUCAACAAUACAUCGCUCCUGGAAAAUCUGCAACUGUUUGAUGUAAUUCCUGACACCAGCUUCUCUAGUCCAGGGCAGACUUGCCCUUCCUUCCUAAACUCGGACAUUUACACAGCUCCCUGUGAUCUGGCCACCUUUCAAGGACACAUCACAUCCUCCUUCCAGAAAUAUCCAAACCCAAGCAUUUAUUUGCCCAGGCCACCUUACAGCUAUGACUUGGCAGGCCCUGGAUACACAAGUCCAAGCGCAUAUCCCACCCUUUAUAAAGAUUCCUCCAGCAUUCCAAGUGACACAGACUGGGUUCAUCUGAAUGCACUGCAAUAUAACGUCAAUUCCUACAGCAGCUAUGAGAGCAGCUUUGACUUCACCAGUAAACAGUGUGGCUGGAAACCAGGCCUUGGAAAACUGGGCCUGGAGGAGAGGACUGAGCAUGGACAGCUCCAGGCCACCACCAGGUGCCCUUAUUACAACCCCGAGCUUCCCUGCAGGUACCUGGUGACGCCCUCUGCAGGUGGCCCAGCCCUGCAGACGGUAAUCACCACCACUACCAAAGUGUCCUACCAGGCCUACCAGGGCCCCGCGCUGAAACAUAGCAGUGAUGUGCAGGAGGACAGUAGCCUUUCCAGCUGCAGCUUCCCUUCUGAAAAUGGCCCCGUGUCCAUCUGUCCAGAACUCUUGGACCCCCCAUCUGCAGUCCCCAGAGCAGCCUCUCCCAUGGGGAGGACAAGUCUGAAAAUUCCAGGGGAUUUCUGGGCCAACAGACCCGCUGUGGCUUUUCCUCAAGAGGCAGCUCCCUCCAGGAUGGACGGAGCAAAUCCCUGGGAUAUGUGUCUUCCUGGGCUGGGAUCUGAGAUCAGUUUCUCAGACAGGGUGGGUCUGCUCUUUGGUUACGACAGUGAGGACUUCUGAAUGACAUCCCUGAUCACACAGUGAUAUUGGUGUGCAGGCAGGAGGCGAAAUGCAAAAUAGCUGGGUUGGGAGAUUCAGCCUGUGUGCAAAGAAAUACAGAGAGUAGUAAAAAAUAUUUUUUAGCUGAGGGAAUUAUCUGCUGGAAAUUUUUGAUAGCUUUGAGAAAUGUGGUUCAGCAUCCUGGAACUGGCUAUAGUGCAUAGAAGUAGGUUUGAUCUCUCAAAUGAACAAAUAAACUGGAGAUCAGGAAGGUUAAAAAUAAUGGCCUAACUUCACUCAGCAUAUUUGCUGUAGGAGAAAUCAAGGUUCCUGGUUCUUGUUCAGUGCCUUUCCCAUUGGACCUCAUACAGCUAUUAGAAGCUGGCUAAAUAACUUCAGGAAGAAAUUGCUACAAUUUUAUACCCAGAGUCAUUUCAUAAUAUUUUUGUUUAGCUUAAGAACCUUUUAACAUGUCCUCAGAAAGUAAUUUUGAUAAUUUUAUCUCCAAAGUGUAUCUUUAAAAAAUCAUUGGCAAUGGUAAAGUACAAUUUUUUAAAGAAUUGUAGUUUUAUUAAUUAGCUGAAUCCUUUUUUUUUUUUUUUUCCCAGCAGUGGGGAUUGAACUCAUAGCCUUUACACUGAGGUACAUCCUCAGCCCUUUUUAUUUUGAGACGGGCUCCCUGCUAAAUUUCUCAGGUGGGAUUAAAACUUGCAGUCCUCCUGCUUCAGCUUCCCAAAGUGUUGGAAUUGCAGGCAUGCGACACCACAAACAUGAUGGCCUUCAUAACAGAGACAGCCUACUGAUGAUGUAUAUUGAGUAGAUUGCUAUUGUACUAAAUAUUUUUUGUGAUUGGGCUUUAAAAUUAGAAUUGAGAUAUUUUGUUCAAAUACUAUACAACUUUACUCUUUGUCAUUCUUCAUAAAUGUAAUUAAUAGUGUUCAAUUUAAUGUAA